CUCAAUCGACGUACGCAGCACUUUGUGUCGGUCAUUCAAAGGAAAACGACAUCACGUACUCAUUUCAAUUGGCGAACGAAAAAACCCAAAAUUGGCAUUAGUUAUGGAUAUGGAUCCAGGCGAAGGUACAUCGGAUGGUCGUGUAAAGCGUAAACCAAACAACAUCGAAGUGGAAAUCAAACAAGAGCCCAGCAUCAAAGAAGAACCUUUGGAUGGCAGUGAACUUGGUUUGGUGACACGAUGGAAUGAAAGAUUUGCAGCAGAUGCAGAGACUGCGACAUCUAACAUCGAAUUGGUGGAAGAGUCUGAAUGGGAUUCUGAUCUCGACUUUGACUUGAAUGGUGUGAAAGAGGAUGUGAAGUGUGAAGAAGAAAGGCCAGAAAAAGGCUCUUCAGCGGAAUCGGGGUCAGAAGAAGAAGAACCAGCUAGUCAUGACGAUCCAGAUGUUGAACCAGCGGUCCAAUCAAACGCCAGUCGCAAGAGAAUAAAUUCGGACAAUAAAGCCAAGAAACACGAUAGAUCAAGAAAGCAAAACAAUCGAAAGAUUCCAAGGAAUAAGGCAGCAAGCAAACGAACGGAGCACAAAUGUCGUGUUUGUGGUUAUGUUACACCGAAAAAAGGGAAUCUCACCGUACACAUUCGUAUUCACACAGGCGACAAGCCGUACAAAUGCGAUGAAUGUUCAAAAAGUUUUGCACAAAAAAGCACCUUGAAUCUGCACAAGAAAAUCCACAGCGGAGAAAAGCAAUUCGAAUGUUUGGUUUGUACCAAAUCAUUUGCACGGAAACAUCAUUUGAAUGGUCACUUGCGAACUCACUCUGAUGAUCUUCCCCUUUCUUGUCUGAAAUGUGGCCAACCAUUUGCCAGCGGUGAGGCCAGGCAAUCGCAUGAAAAGCGCUGCAAACGACGUCGAUUCGAAUGUUAUCUCUGCGGAUACGAAUGUUUUGCCAACUCCAAUCUGAAGAGCCACAUGCACGCAAAACACACCGGCGAACAUCAAUUUCGAUGUAAAAUAUGCGGGAAGAAAUUCAUCCAAAAGGGCCAUCUCAAUCAACAUUUAGCCACCCAUCGCGAUCAAUUCCCAUUCAGAUGUUUCAAGUGUCGCCGGGGAUUCACAAUGGAAGAGGAUAAAACAGCACACGAGGAGAUCUGUGGCCGUCGUCAGCAUCAGUGUUACAUUUGCAAAGUUUUCAAGAUACAUACAACCAAUCAUUCAUAUGAAAAGGCGUCAUCGUUCAACGAAAUAAGGAGGCAUUACAGUAUUCUACGGUCCAGUAGUAUCAUUUGA